AUGGCCGCACUGACCGCGCCACGCAGCUACGCGCCCGCAAAGAUACAAAUCGAGCUCCCAAAUCAGCCCUGCGCCCUCGCCUGGGUCGACGACGCGCUCGUCGCCGCGACGUACGACUACGUCGAGGCCGAGGGAACGCGCGUCGGCGGGCUCUGCCUCAUGCGUAACACUGAGAUCGCGGCGACGCUCGAGCUGCGCGGCGGCUACGCGCUGGCGCCGCGCGGCUCGCAGUUGGCGGUGGCGACGGCGGACGGCCGCGUCGCGCUCGUCGACGUUGCCGAGACGCUGACCGUAUCAACCGUAUCGGAGGCCAAGGGCCACCUCUUCACGGACGUCGUCUGGGACGGGCCCGACGCGCUGGUCGUCGCCGAGGGCGACUCGGGCCGGGUCUCGCGCUGGCGCGCCGACGACGGGCUCGCGGAGAGCCAAUCGUGGGACGCGCACGCCUACGCGCCGGGCUGCCCCGCCGAGGUCUGGUGCGUCGGGCGCGAUCCGAGCACGGGGCUCUACGUGUCCGGCGCCGACGACGGCCUGCUCAAGGCCUGGGACGCGCGGUCGCCAAAACCGGCGCUCGCCCUGCGCCACGGCGCCGGCGUCACGGCCGUGUUGUGCGACGACGGAUCCGUCUCGACGGGCUCGUACGACGAGUCCGUGCGGCUCUGGGACCUGCGCGCGCCGGCGGCGCCGACGGCGUCCGUUGCGGUGGGCGGCGGCGCCUACGCGCUCGCGCGCGACGGCGGCGGCUACCUCGCGGCGUGCAUGGGCGCCGGCGCGUGCGUGCUUCGGGCAACGCCCUUAGCGGUGGCCGGCGUCUACGACCACCACGGCUCCGUCGUCUACGGCGCGGUGCGCCACGGGGCGUCCCGGCGGAUCGCGUCGUGUUCUUUCUAUGAUCGGGGGGUGCAUGUGUGGUGUGAUGAGUAAUAUUUUUGUAAAACUCGAAACUCACAAUCACAAUAUUAUCUUAGUCAAGAGCGAACCUCGUGGGGAUCCUGACGGUCGGCGCGUAGCGCAUCUUCGCGACCGCAUCAGACGGUGCAUCUCUUAACGCGCGCGCGACGGGCUGCUCCGGCCGCCCAGGCCUCAAGAGAAGUUGUCGCAUUAAUAGUGGGAGACGUCGUCGACGCGUCGCGGCCGCGCUAUGAUAAUGGUAGCUCAUCAUCGCAACGGAUGGUCACGUCCGCCGUGCGACUGGCGCCGCG